CUUAUCCUUCCGUUUGUGGUGAGGUUUACACAGUUAUCGUGGAGAGAGGACGGGGCCACGGCCGACUCAUAGUAAUCCCCGUCAUACUGCUGUAGGUCACUCUGCUGACCCAUAGGAUACACAGCAUGUUCACAACCACUGAAGUGAAUAAGUUUAACAUUACAAGAGACCCAGACGAUAACAUAACGCCAACGGAAAAGCUUGGUGUAAUAAUAGUUGUGUGUUAUAUAUUGUUUGUGCCAUUGCUGUAUGCCUGGAAGAAAUUUCGCAUCUGGAGAGAAAACAUAAAAAUUAUUGCAAAUGACUCAACAUUUGAGAUUGAAAAUGCUGAAGAGCCCCAAGUUCAGUGGGGCACCCUCGGACAAAUCAACAUGGAUCCCAUGUCUAUUAUAAAACGUCUGGUACAAAGUGAGGUGUCAAUGAAAGACGUCAAGAUAGGACAACUCAUCGAGAUCGGGAGAACAGUCCGGGUCUUCAAGGCUAGACUUGUGGACGAGGGAGUGUCCAAGAUUGUCGCUCUGAAAAUGCUUCAAGAAGGUGUCUCCGAUAAAGAUUAUCGUCUGAUGAAUGCCAAGAUUCGCUUCUUCUCAACAAGGAAGCUGGAUCACCCGAACGUUGUCAAAUUCAUAGGUGCGAUAAAGGAUGAUGAAAAAUAUGGACCGUGCAUGCUUUUUGAACUCUGUCGACGAUCAGUCAGGGAAUGGUUGGAGGAUUGCCGUGCUCCACUGAACAAGGACACCCUGUUACAGAUGACUGAAUUUCCUCUCCAAAUAGCGAAGGGGAUGAGGUAUCUCUCUGACCAAAAAGCAAUACAUAAACGCCUAGCUGCUAGAAAUGUGCUGUUAAACAGCGUCUUACAAGCAAAGGUCGGAUGUUUUGGACCAAGACACAAAGACAAAAUUUCUCAUCAUUUUCAAAGGGAGAGAAUGCCUAUCCAGUGGUUUGCUCCUGAGAGUCUUGCUGAGAUGAAUACGUAUUCUACUGAAAGCGAUGUGUGGUCGUUUGGGGUGACUGUAUGGGAGAUAUUUACAUUAGGUGAUCUACCUUACAUUAACUACAACAACAGAGAAUUAAUAGACUUGUUAAAAGAAGGGUUUCGUCUGCGUAAGCCGACAUACGCUGAUUCCAGGUUUUAUGAUAUUAUGAAAUCAUGCUGGAAAAUGAAACCCAGUAAUAGACCAACAUUUUCUACUUUAGUUAUAGAGCUAACAAAUCUUCGUGAUUUACCGAGUACUACCGAGUAACACCGAGUUUUACCGACUAUUUUUGAGGAUUACCGUGUUAAUCUUCUUUAGUUACCUCGUUGAUUUACUAUCCAGAGACCAACAAACAAACAACCAAGCCAUAGAAAAGGAGUCAAUAAAACCAUAAAUCUUAGACUGUUAAUUUUUAAGGUUCAUAGUGUUAACACAAACACCUUUAUUUUACCUGGAAUGACCUAAUUUGGGAUACGUUUCCGAAUUGCGUUUCAAUCAAUAAAGAGCCAUUCAUCAUUUGUAAUGAGCUUUAAAACAGAUUAUUGGUGGAUUAUGUGGGGACAUUCCGGUGUAAGAAGAUUCAUUAAUCUUGACUCCAUUGUUAUUUCAUCUAUUUUAGUCAUUCAGUGAAUGAUUAUAAAAUUUCUAGUCUGUGUGCUAUUUCAGAGAGAGAGAGAGAGAGAGAGAGAGAGAGAGAGAGAGAGAGAGAGAGAGAGAGAGAGAGAGAGAGAGAGAGAGAGAGAGAGAGAGAGAGAGAGAGAGAGAGAGAGAGAGAUAAAA